AUGUCCCCUUGGGUCUUCAAUGGGGCUGGUGAAGACGUGCCUACCGCAUGGUUGUCCCUCGUCCGUGCAGUGGAAGCCCAGGAAGGAUUGAAGGUUGUGGAAAUCGACAACGGAAGCAAGCAAUACUAUCUCCGGGCGGAAGCGCCGAGCAAAGUACCCCCCGGCGGAGUGGACGACUUGGAAUUCCUCUUAUCGCCGAAAGAUGGCUUGGUGUUCUUCCGCUCCGCCUCACGACAAAUGGCCUUCCUCUACCCGUUGACCCAGCCCGUGGGCGAUGGAGGGAGCAUCAAGAAGAGGCUGGAAACGAUCCAGAAGGCCGUGGGCUGGUCGACUGUUGAGGAGUUUUACGACUACAAGUAA